AUGAACUACCGGUCGGGUGUGGUCGAUUAUUGCCCCGGGUCGUACUCGGACCACGCCGUCGUCGCCGUGGGCUACGACGAGGGCUCGUAUAAGCUCCGCAACUCGUGGGGCGCUGACUGGGGCGAUGCCGGAUACAUCCGCGUCAGGCGCGGCGUGAGCGGCAAAGGCAUGUGCAACGUUGCCGAGGACGUCGUGUUCCCCAAGAUCGAAGGCAGCACUCCCACCAAGACGCCAUCACCCACGACCAAGCCCACCCCGACGACUCCUCAACCGGACGUGUGCGCCAACUGCACCGGGUGCUUCUACACUCUGCGGAACGAGUGUUUGACUGCCGAGUACGACAAGGAGUACUGCGACGAAAACAGUGAUAAGUUUGGCAUGGUCUGGUGCGGUGACAGUCCUACUCCCAAGCCCACACCGACGACUCCUCAACCGGACGUGUGUGCCGACUGCAUCGGGUGCUUCUACCCUGACGCGAACAAGUGUUUGACUGCCGAGUAUACCAAGGAUGCCUGCGACUUCUACAGUGCUCAGUUUGGCACGGUGUGGUGCGGUAACAGUCCUACUCCUACUCCCAAGCCCACCUUAAGUCUUGGCUGUGGCGCGUGCGACGUGUGUUACGAUCCGGCCGCUGAUCAAUGCUUCGAAAGCAGCAUCAGCAAAAACGACUGCCAAGCCUCGGCCUCGACCAAGGGCUAUUUGUGGUGCGGCAACUGAUUGGUAAAGCCUUGCCGCCUGCGUGCAUGAUCGUUUGUGUGUCGCCGCCGUAGGAGUUAACUCUCUCGAAUAUUGGCGUUGCCGUCGUGAUCAGCUGCUCGAGUCGGAUUCUCGGCUUGGAAA